ACAUGCGGGCCAACAACGACGCGGACUUUGCCGCCUGGUUGCUUCAACUCGGCAACGGCCAGCUGCCCGCGGUCGACGGAAAUGUGAACACCGUCGAAAUCCCCAGGAAUAUGGUAUGUGACAUAGCUAAUUUGAUUGAUUUUGUUUACCCGCAGCAAAUGUCGUUGGCUAACGUCGACGACUUUGCUCGGAAAAUUAUUCUCUGUCCCCGGAACGAGGAUUGUAGACAGGUCAAUCGCACGGUGCUGCAACGCGUCACGGGUGCCGCGAGAACCUACACCGCCAUAGACACGGUGGUGGCGGACGACGUGGACGAGAUUGCCAACUACCCGACCGAGUUUUUGAACUCGCUGGAGCCCGACGGACUUCCUCCGUACAGGCUGACGCUGGUGGUCGGUUCCGUGGUCAUGCUGCUGCGGAACCUCGAUCCGAAAAUCAGACUGUGCAACGGAACAAGGCUGUUGAAAAAUGGUGAACAACUGUGUUUGGUGUGGAAACAUUGAUGCCGCCAUGGAGUUUCUAUACACAAGUAAGUAUGAACCAUUUACGUCCCAAUGAACAUGACCGUUACACUCACAUUCACAUUUACAUUUAGAUUUCGACGGAUAUGGACGCAGUUCGUGCAACACCAUGGGUCACAAGUCUAUCAAGCUGUGUUCGAGGUUUUUUUGUUUCUGGAGACUUCUCGACACAACACUGAGGUUAUUAUGAAUAGUGC